AUGGACGCAGUUUUGAUAUUGAAAAAGAAACUGAAGACCAAGAAAAUAUCCACAAUUGUCACAAAAAUAUGUUAUACGUUUUUCAAAAAAUACAAAAAUUUGUGUGAAAUUGUAUUUCCUAUAACAAUCAAAAAAUUUGAAAGUUUAAUAUUGGAUGAGUGUAACAAACUCACUAAAAUAUCAUUCUGUUGCUGUUUAAACAAAUCAGACAAUUCAAACAUGCAUAACAUUGAACAAUUCAAAAAAUUAUUUUUCAAAACAGUUGCUGUCAGUUACGAGUUUUAUCUUCAAAUGAAAGCGUUUGGGUACACAUUUCACAAUGUCAAUUACACUAUACAAGUGAUUACGACUUAUAAAAAUGUUUUUUUAAAAAAUACAGGUUCAUUGAAAAGCUUUAUUUUAACAGAUUUUAAUGAUAAUGACAAGUUUGUGGUACCAUCAAAAAUUGAAGUUCUUGACAGGUGCUUUUGUAAUACUGAUUAUAUCAAAGACGUGGACGUGUCGUUGGUUACAAAGAAAAUCACUGGUGAAUGUUUUAGUGGUGCACAAUUUUUACAAAGUGUUACAUUUUCAAACACAUUAGAAAAAAUAUGUUAUGAAGUGUUUAAUAAUUGUUAUUCAUUAAAAAGUGUAACACUCCCAAAAAGUCUUAAAAAAGUUGGUGAACGAUGUUUUGCAUUUUGUUAUUCGCUUGAAAGUGUGUGUUGUGAGUCACAGGAAGUUGUUUAUAACUCGCAGUGUUUUAUGAAUUGUUUUAAUUUAAAAACAAUUCCAAAAAUUCAAUUUUUAAAACGAGGAGUCUUUUGGUGUUGCAAUUCGCUUGUUAAAUUUGAAAGGUUUGGAGAUGUUGAAUGUAUUCCUCAUUGUACGUUUAUGAAGUGUUAUAACUUGAAAGAAAUGGUAUUGCCAGAAACACUUAAAACAAUUGAGAAAUUCGCAUUCAAAAACUGUUACUUCCUUGAGAGUCUUACAUUCCCAAAAACACUUGUAAAAAUGGAGGAUGGCUGUUUCAUGAAUUGCUUAAAUUUGAAAAGUGUCAAUUUUAAAAACAAAAAUAUAAAAUUUGGAAAUGAUGUAUUUGAAGGAUGUACAUCACUCACCGAAAUACAAAUUGAAGGUGAAAAGAUAAACAAUUAUAAUGGAGAAGUCAGUUAUACACUUCACAAACAGUUUGAAAAGAAUAGCAUUAUUUGUGACAACGUAAAAGUGAAAUUUAAUGAUUUAAAAAUAUUUGGAAUUGAUAUUUUGAAAAAUAAAAAUGUUCAUCGCAUUGAUGAAGGUGCAUUUUUUAAUAACACAACAAUUACUGAAAUUGAAAUACCAAAUAACAUUACUCAAAUUGGUAAUUUUUGUUUUGCGUGUGCAACACAACUCGAGAAUGUCAUAUUACCAUCGUCAAUAACAGAGUUAACCCCCUUCUGUUUUGAUAAUUGUGUGUCACUAAACACAAUAAAUUUGGAACACAUCAAGAAUAUUGGAAUGGGGUGCUUCGACAACACAAAAUUUGAAAAAGUCGUGGUUUUGCAAACAAAAACCAAUUAA